AUGCCGCAUGGCCGUGGCGCAGAUUUGUCUGCUGACUCAGCAGCUGUGGAAAACACUGUGAGCUCCAUCAGCAUUUCCAUCGAGGUAAAGUUGAUUGGCGUUGUUGGCUGCAGCGCCUCAGGCAAGUCCACUGUUGCCCAUCACGUUGCAAGCAGACUUGACUCGCCGCUGCAUCCCAUUAGCACAGACAACUUCUUCGUCGACGACGUCUGUGUGCAGCUGGGCACCUACGACGACUACAGGUGUAUCGACUAUGACGCGGUGACACGGUGGAUGUCAGUGUUGCUCCAUGCCGUACCGAUGAUGUCUAUGAACCUACUCGAGGAGAGGGGUGCGCCUGCGUUAUCACCCGCAACACGAGCCUCAAGCGUAGACGACAGCGGCGGCACUGGGCGUCUCCCUCACGACUUCGAAGAGCGUGUGCAAGAGGCGUGGUGGGCACGAAUGCGACUGCAACUACCAGAGUUGGACAGGUACCGCCGAGUUGCACCGGAUGUCACGUCUGCUACCGUGAGUUCCCCAAGUGCCGCUGCUGUCACUGCUGCUCAGCCUGGCAGCAGCGUUAGUGAAGCAUCUUGCGCUGGCGGCCAUGCAAAUGAUGGCCCGAGUGACGACGAUAGCGAUGCAUCUCUCUGCGCACACGAGGCUGAGGAAGAAGGCCGACGGCGAAGACGCGUCGCUGCUCCAACGCACACAAAAGGUGGCGUUGUCAGCACCUGUGACUUCUCUCUUCACCCUUGGAGUGGCACCGACGAGCAAGCGCUGCACACAGUUGCUCCGUUCUCGCACUACAUCACCAUCUACGUGGUGUGGGAGGGCAUAACGCUGCUAUGCAAUCGCUUAGUCAAUUCCUACAUUGACUACGUCAUCGACGUUCAAUGUGACCUGGAGACAGCGUGCCUUCGGCGGUUCUUCCGCACCCCACGCCGUCAUCUUUCGCGCUAUGUUACUCAUGCUUCCGCAGAAGGCUGCGGGAAUGGACCACAGGGUGAAUCAAAGCUGGGGAAGCAGUGCGCGCGAGCCGCUGUCGUGGCAGGUGUUGUGCGUCAGGUCUACCGCCCGCGCAUCGAGCAAGUGUGGUCAGUCCGGUCGCGGGAGCAUUACCGUAUCGAUAUCAUGACUGCCCUGGAGCUUGAGAUGCAACUGGAUGGACUGGAGACGCUCGUGCAGACUGACAGCUGCGUUUCCACGUCUUGUCCGGCCUGCAUCACUGCGCACGAUGCAUUGAAUUUGCUUUCCCCUUCCUGCUUUAACCCACCUCGCCCGCAUUGCAUGCGCAAACUGGCCGACGCUGAUGCCGCUAAGGCCAUGAGCGAUGGCGGCAAUGGCACCAGCUUGCAAGGGGAGGGCUGUGAAGCUGAUCUGACACCAUUCACUAUAUCUGACGCCAGCGCGUCAUCAGCGACCGUCGCGGAGCGAGUGGGGAAUAACUGCUCUGCGUGUUGGUCUGUUGAUGGGCUACCCACAGACGCCUUUCAGUUCUUUUGGGAGAGGGAGUUUGAUGAUUGGCUGGCGCAUCAGCAGCUGUCGACGCUGCCGACGGCUGCUGAUGGUGCUGCCCUUGCGUGGGCCUCGCUGAUGAACAGCAGCAAGGAAGGUUUAGCUGCGUACGCCGCGCACCGCGCCGAUAAACAGCAGCAUGACGUAAAUGACGGCUGUAGUGCGGUGUCUCCCUCACCGCUCACCCUGCCUGUCGAGGAGACUGGGGUGGCGUAUGUGAAUCAAAUGCUCAUGCAUUAUGGGCGUCUUGCGCUGCUUCAGAGCCUUUUCCGAGACGGGAGGGUGGACGCGCCAUCUUCUCCAGGGGCACCCCGCGUAGGCGGCAAGGGUGCCGCCGCAGAUGAUCUCGGCCCCGCACUGCAGCUGGCGAUGUGCCGAGACCACCAUACCGCAGCCGUGUCUGCGCAGACGCUCUCGUCGGCGCUGGCGCCGUUCUACUACGAGUUCCGCUACUGGUUUUUCUUUGAAGUUCUGUACUACGAUCGACUGUUCCGUCCACUGCAAGCCCACCGCCUGCGAUGGCGCUCCGUGGUGGGUGACAGUGGUGCUGCAUCAGCCGACGAAGAUUGCGGCAGGAGCGGUAAGAGCGGCAAUUGUGGCGCCACGUGUCCACCAUGCGCUGUGCCUCGUCUAUGGUGGGUGCUGAGGAACGGUCGUGACGUGCAAGGGCAGAGCGCAGAUGAGCUUCUGACUCAAGUGGAUCACAUCAGUGCUGCCAUACGCGCCGCUCGCUGA